CGAAGCCCGACCUUUAGAAUUCUUGGCCAUCUCAAACUCCUACCAGCUGUGACUGGUCACCCCUCUCUCCCCCUCUGAGCCAAAAGCUCAGAGCUCUCCCUUAAUCCUACCUCUCAUCCAAAACCCUCAAAUUUCAAAUCCCCUAAUCUUCUUCAUCUCUUCCAAUUGCUCCCCCAAUUUGAAUCACAACCUUCGAUUCAACUCUACCAUCUCCAGUUCAACGUCUUUUGCUACCAAAAUGGCAUAUCCUGGCUGCUGUUAGCCUUUUAUAGGUCGUCUUUCUUCGUCUCCGAGACCGCACUGUACCAAAUCUUCACCUUCCUAUUCCAAUUUGCUCUUAUGGCGAUCCGCGUCACCCUAGGGUUUUCCGGCUACGUAGCCCAAAACCUAGCCUCCUCCGCCAGUAUUCGCGCCAGUAAUUGCCGCGGCGUCCACGAAUGCUGGGUUAGGUCUCUGCUGUUCAGCACCAACCAGAAGGCCGAUCUCGACCCCUCCGGCACCGUCCCCAGUUACCGGUCCAAAUUCGCCGCCAGGUCCAAGGCUCCGACCUCCCUCUACGGCGCCCUUGCCGAAGAAUUCCUCUGCCAAAGCUCCAAGACCCCGAUUAUGUCCACCUUGAUCUCCGUUUUGAAGUCAACGGCCUCCGUCACCGGUCCUUCUCCGGCUUCCCCGUCUCUUGGCCUCGGAAUCUCGCCGGUCAAACCCGGUUCGAUCAUGCCGUUCUUGCAGGCCUCCAAGUGGCUUCCCUGCAACGAAUCUGUUCCGGCGAAAUUGGUGAGCGAGAUGGACAGAAAACUGCGUUUGGAUGAUGAUGAGGUGGUGGCCUCUGCCUCGGAGUUGAGUAAGAAUGGAUUGCAGAGGAGCGGUUGGUUAUCGCGCCUCUUGAGUUCUUGCUCCGAAGACGCAAAGGCAGUCUUCACUGCUGUGACUGUCAGCGUUCUGUUCCGCUCAUCCUUGGCCGAGCCCAGGUCCAUUCCUUCCACCUCUAUGUACCCUACUCUCGAUGUGGGUGAUCGUGUUCUAGCUGAGAAGGUUUCAUAUCUGUUUAGAAAGCCUGAGGUUUCAGAUAUAGUAAUUUUCAAGGCACCUCCAAUCUUGCAGGAGAUAGGCUUUAGCUCGGGCGAUGUAUUCAUAAAAAGAAUUGUGGCCAAGGCUGGAGAUUAUGUUGAGGUACAUGAUGGGAAAUUGUUGGUGAACGGUGAAAUUCAAAAUGAAAAUUACAUAUUGGAGCCUCUUGCCUAUGAAAUGGAACCAAUUCUCAUUCCAGAAGGCUAUGUCUUUGUGAUGGGGGACAACCGCAACAACAGUUUCGACUCUCAUAACUGGGGUCCCCUUCCUGUAAAAAACAUUCUUGGAAGAUCCGUGUUUCGCUACUGGCCUCCCUCCAAAGUGUCCGACAUUAUGCAUGAACCACAGGUAGAAAAAUCUGUGGCAAUUUCUUGGUACCUCAUUCAUUUCAACCUCUCUCUCUUCUUAUUCGUCCUUUCUCUAAUUUCUAAUCACUACUUUGUUUGCGCUGCAUGUUUUCAUGAAAUCAAGGACGUCUUGAAGCAAAUCUCGGUGAAGCAGAGGUGGGAUUUGCAGAGCGUUAGGGUUUCCAGAUUGGAUUCCGGCAAAGUACGCUUCGGGAGUGCCCAGCGCUACGAAUUCCGGAUCGGAUUCGGCAAGUCCCACGUCGUCGUCUUGUUCUCCGACGACGUCGCUUCUUGGAGAAAGUUCCGCAAACCAAGAACCCAUUUUGCCUCUCUUGUCAAGGAGCUCAGUUCCAUGGCUGCAGUUGACACCUUCAAAGUGGAGGGGCCGUUUGAGUUACGAGUCGGUUCAGACCAUGACCUCUCCCUUUCAUUGCCGAUGAACACUACGUAUAGUAGAGGGUUGAAAAGGGUGCUUGUUGGUGAAGGCAUUACUGUUGAGGUAACGAGAGCAACAGAAGUUUCUGUGUUUCAUGCAUCUGAUCUUGGUGUGGCGAUGAACGGAAGUGAUACUAUUGACAAGGAGAAAAGUGAGUUUUGGCCAUUUUGGCAUUCAUAUUGCGCGCCAUUAGUUCCCAUUCGCGUUGUAGGGCCUGCAUCGUUGGUUGCAUACAGGACUAGAAAUCCUGCUGCUCACAUUGAAACUAAAUUUAUGUCCAAGGAUAUAAUUGAGUUGUUGCCACAGAAAUGCUUCAGCAGUCAUCCUACAUACAAGAAGCAGAAGCAGUCUUGCCCCAUUGAUUCUUUAAGUUUGAAAAUAUCUAUGCUGGAAAGAAUUUGGAAAGGCUUUCUUGGUGAUAGGAUUCGACAAAAAGGAUUGUCCGGAUUUCUUGAAGCAAAAAUCAAAGCCUCAACUAUUGUUCGGUUCAAGCUUCAGCUGGAAAGGGAUUUUAGGAGGAAGGGGAUACUCCAGCAGGACAUUGCGGGAUGGAGGACCAGACCAGCAGUGGAAAGGGUUUGGUUUGAAGUUUUGGCGAGAGUUGAAUUAGAGAGGUUGAGGCUGAGGCCUAUCUUGGUUAAAAAGAUAAGGCCAUUCAUUAUAGCAGAUUCAGUUGAAUGGGAUAAUCCUUCGAAUAUUUCCUUUACCAAAUCCCAAUCUAUCCUUGUCGCUCCUGAAGCGCUAACGUUGGAUGUGAAAUGGUAGAGUAAAUUUGUUGUAACAUAGUAUUCGUUGUUUGAGGUUGUUUUACAGAUUAAGGUGUCAAGGCGAUGUUUCUGCCGUCUCCCUUUUUCUUUUCUUGAUGAUGGAUGAAAUGGUGCAUGUCAAUAACACUCUGUAUUGGUCUUGUAAGUAAAUGAGAAACAAAAGUUUAUAGAA